AUGUCCCAGCUGUCUGGAGGCGGCAACAGAGACUCUCGGACACCAUCGCCUCCCUCAACAAACAACGUCGACACCUUCACGAACAUUAGCAGCGCUUUCAACUCGCGAAAGCCCGAGCAGACACUGACACCACCUCAGAACCAACCCGCCGCACCAACAGAGCCGUUCCCCGACGUCACAUUACCCACGUCUCCGACCCGCGGCGGAGAGGAUGGCCUUGGCGCACUAGGCAACGACUCACAAUUUACGCCAGGCCCCGGUCGUCAACGGAGCUCAUCGCGACCCUUGUCUAUGAUCCAGACCUACCAGCCGCACGUCAUGGAUACCAACGACACAAUCCCCGAGCUGCAGCCCGUCUUUACGCUCCUCAAUAGCCAUGCCAACAAGCUGUACCAGGAGGGCUAUUUUCUCAAGUUGGACGACCAAAACUCUCAGGGCCGCCCGAACCCGGAUAGAAACUGGACCGAAUGCUUCGCUCAACUCGUCGGCACCGUGCUGUCUCUAUGGGACGCCGCCGAACUUGACACGGCAGGCGAAGACGGCGAGGUGUUACCAAAAUUCAUUAAUUUGACAGACGCCGCAAUCAAAGUGAUUGACUCCCUCCCGACACGAUCGCCAAACGAGCAGCCCCUGCAACAUGUUCUUAGCGUCUCUACAGCCGGCCGCAACCGCUACCUCUUCCACUUCAACUCCCACCACUCCAUGAUCCAAUGGACCUCGGGCAUCCGCCUCGCCAUGUUCGAACACUCGACUCUGCAGGAGGCCUACACCGGUGCCCUUAUCGCUGGCAAGGGCAAGUUGCUCAACAACAUCAACCUGAUCAUGAGCCGUUCCAAACUCACCACUGAAGAGUGGGUGCGUGUGCGCUUCGGAGCCGGUGUCCCUUGGCGUCGGUGCUGGUGCGUCAUCUCGCCCCCGGACGAGAAGGAAGUCCUGAAACUGCAAAAGGAAAUGAAAAAACGCUCCGUCUACGAUCGCUCGCACGCGCCGCAACUCAAGGGCGACAUCAAGUUCUAUGACAAACGCGUCGAGGGCAAGAAGCAAAAGAAGGCCAAGCCCAUUGCCACCGUCUCCAACGCCUACUCCGCCUAUGCAAUCUACCCGCAGUCCAAGGCCCUCAUCGACGCCUCCUCUCUCAUCAAGCUUGAAGGCACCAUCACCAUUCACUCGGAUCCGGUCUCGACGACGGAAGGCUUUGUGUUCAUGAUGCCCGAGGUGCGGCCCAUGGUUAGUGGCUUCGAAAUGCUGCUACGCGCUCUCUUCCCCAUCUGGGAUACGUUCUGCUUGUACGGUCGCCCACAGCGCCUCGUGGCCAGCACUCUGGACUCUCGAUCGCUCAUGUUUGCCAUGCCUAAGCACCGCCGCUACGGCUACUUGGAGGUUAUGGACGUUUCUACCCUCGUUUUGACCGACGGCAGUGGUGCCUGGACCGAGCGGGAGUGGCGCAAACGCCUCAAGGACCUGACCGCUAGGCGCCUGGCUGCCAUGGACGAGAGCGCCAGUAGUGGCUUUGAGAGCGAGCGCACAUCGAACCGUAGCAGCAAGCGCCUCAGCUUCGGACCUGGUGCCGCUGCCCUUCCCAUGAGCAACAGCGCCGGUGUGCUGGACGAGCGCGGCGCCCCGGCCCCGCGCGCCCGAGUUAACUUUGCCGACGAAGGCGACUCUCUACGACCGGGCCGGACGGCCGCGUUUGCACAGAGCUCGAGCAACCGCACCGAUUCCGCACCUCCCGCUUCAGAGCGCCAGCGAAUCCCCUCGUCCAUGGCGCAGGCAGCGACUAUUGCCCAUGCGCGCAACAACUCGGACAUGGGCGGGGGUGCACCGGCGGACAACAGCCAACGCCCGUAUGGCGGUCAGCCGGCAGCGUUUUAUGACCCGACCAUCACCAGCGGCGGGCCCGGUGGUGCUGGCGGUGCUGGCGGCUACUACCCGUCCGGCGCCUCACCCACACCGCACGGCCGUGGCUACGUCAAUGAACUGGCCACGACCCCGGAGCGCGUUAGCUCCGAGGACGAUGUCUCCUCGUCUCGUAACGUGACGCCUCCGCGCGACCUCGGCGACAUGCAGCGGAACCUCCAGACCCCCGAGCCUGUCUUCACACCGCCGGCCGCGCAACACCUGCCCUCGUCUCGUCCGGCAGCUACGCCGUUCCACUCGGCCGAGCUGCGCAGAGCCAACAGUCGUCUGUCCAGCUCAACCCUAGCGCACAUCGUCAAGGCGAGUGCCGUAUCCAACGAGUCCUGGCCCAUGCCCGACAACCAAGAGCACAGGCCCGUCAGCCAGGGCAGCGGUACGAGCCGGGCCGUUGGUGGCCAGCCUGGUACCAAGCUGCCGUCCUCCGUAUCCGGCCCGUCAUUAGGCCAGCCCAGCCCCAACUAUUCACAAGGCCAAUGGGGUCAAGGCCAGGUUCCUUCCAGCAAUGCAGCGCACCCGACCUCCUAUUCGAAGUCCCCUCUCAACCAAGCACAGAACAUCCUUACUCCAGCAUUUGAUGGCACAAAUGAGCCCCUUUCCCAACCCGCAGGUUCGGGUUCCAAGCCGAUUGGUGGUCCUCAGCCUCAAGUGCCACCGCACGCUGACCACUUGCCAACUCACAUGCACGGCGCCGAAUCUGGCCGCCAGGUGCUUCUAGCUCAAGGUCCUAACCCUCCCAACCCCUCUCCAAACUCCCUUCCCUCCCAACCCCAAGUAUCCCAAGCAUCUCAAGAGGCUACUGCCUCUUCCUCCGGGCCACAACCCGAGCGGCUGCGGACGCCUCCGCCGAAUGCCAGUCGAGCUUCCAUUCCUGGGGCUCCUGCGUUAUCGCCGAUUAAAACGUCCCCCUCUAUCAUAAGGAAACCCGUUCCUUCGAAAGCUGACACCGUGCAGAGGUAUAAGGCGUCGGCAGCUUCCGAGCCGCAGUCGGCCAUUUCAAGCGCAGGAAGCCUGCAGGAUUACUAUAUCGAUGAAGCAGCUCUUGCCAAGGUCCAGCUCGCCGACAACAUCUCCACCGAUGCCAACGAGUUGCCCACUCGUCAGGUCGUCCGCCAAGAUACCAAGCGCAGUGAAGCCAGCAGCCGCUACGAUGACGCGUCGUCGACGACCACGCCUGACUAUGCCAGUACCCACGAGUCUGUGCGGACACGGGAAUCCGUGGAUCGCCCCCGUGCCGGCGUCCUGCGCACAGUCGGCGAGGCCGCUCCACCAACUCCGCCCCCCCACGAAGCCCUCGACAUCCCUGAAGUCAACUUCGGUCCCACCUACAAUUAUGCCUCUGCCAACAUCCCACGCAACAAGACACCGACUCCGCUGGGUGCCGGUAACUCGACGAACCAGCCGUCGAAUUCGUUUUCACCCUCUCCCGGAACGAAUGCAGCUAUGUCCGGUCCAGCCAAACUCCGCAAGAGCCCGGGGCAGGCCCAGGGCCACAAGUCGCGUCCCUCCGAAACCAGCCAUUAUCGCCAGGAAUCGGAUGACACCCUCCGCCGCCGCAGUGUUGCCUGGCAGCCCGGCAGCGCCAUGGUUGGCACGACUGCUAAUGCCAAUGGUGAUGGACGUGCCAGUUCUAUGACCCCGGAGCAGUUUGUGCUUCAGCGCGCCCAGGCCGCCCAAAGCUCGAACCCCCCAUACCCGCUGCACCAGAGAAACCCGUCAAACAACUCGCUGCUCAACUUGCGGAAGAAUACGCCGCCACCGGCCAUGCGACGGACCUCCAGCUUCGACAUGCUUACCAGCGCCGUACCGAACCCCCCGUACCAGCAGCAGCAGCGACCCAGCUCACAAGGCGCCAUGACGGCUCUUGGCAGCCAUGCACGCGACAGCUCCAUGGAUGUCGGAGCCCACUUGUCGGCCCGCGAACAAGAACAUCUGGCCCGCAUGACAGGCGCACCUCUGAUCAAUGUCGUAGGCAACUCCCGCAACAGCCAGCAGCCUGCUGGUGGUCCUGGACUUGUCGGCGCCAUUGCCGCUCGCGAGCGUGAAAAGCAGCAGAUGAAGGAGGGUGUCAGCUCCCAGGCUGUGCAAUACGCAAUCAACCAACGCCAGCAGCUGCAGUUCCAGCAGCAGCAGGUGGCGCACCAACAGUACUACCUCCAGCAGCAGCUCCAGCAGCAGCAGCAGCAGCAACAACAACAGCAGCAGCAGCAGUACGCCCAAAUGUACGGCACGCCUAGCCCUCAAGGCGCUGCCAGUGGAUACGGCGGCUACCAGCUUCCGCCGGGUCACGGCCCGCCGCAACCCCGGUUGUCGCCGCAGCAGAUGGCCACCGCCCAAACCAACACCUAUGUGCCCCAGCAAGGGUAUGCCCAAGGCGGCAUACCGGGCGGCUGGCCAAUGACCCCGCCGCAGAUCCAGCAGCAUCCUCGGCAGCAACAGGGCUACUUUUCGCAAAGCCAACACGCACAGGGCCAGAACGCGCAGAGCCCGGCCGGGUUUGUCGGUACGCCGCGGUCCAGAACACCGGGUCCUUAA